CAGGCCGAUAGAGUAAUUGCUGGUCAGCUCCCCAUUCCCGUCGCCCGCUCGCUCGUCCCACCCUGCCAUAGCUAAUAUCUUCCAUGGAGGCCAAGCCGGAGAGCGAUCUCGUAGCCGUUCUAGAAGAAAAGCAGGAGGGAAGUGAUUCGGUAGCCUCUGAGUGGACGCUAUCGGAGGAGCUGAUCGAUGGCUAUGGUGGUUGUGCCAUUUGUUUGGAGAAGAUAAAGAUCCAGGAGGCAGCUAUUGUAAAAGGUUGCGAACACGCAUACUGUACGAUAUGCAUACUGAGGUGGGCAACAUACAAGGAGAACCCUUCAUGUCCCCAAUGCAAAAAUCCAUUUGAAUUCUUGAACGUGCACCGUUCGCUCGAUGGCCGUAUUCAUGAAUACAUGUUUGAGGAGAGUAUCUGCCUUCUCCUUAGAGCUGCUUGGUUUGUUCCCCUCAUGGUGGAGGCUCAGGAUAGUGCGUGUGAAGAGGAAGAAGACCUGUUGCAGUACUAUUUUGAUGAGAAUGAUGAACACUAUGAUGAUGAUGAUGUUGAUGAUGAGCUGAGCGAAACGUAUUUAACAAGAGCUUCAUCGAGUAUUCGAAUCGGAAAUAGAAGGUGGGGAGAUAAUGGGUAUGUGAGAGCUGGUCGCAAGGAAGCAAGACCUCUUAACCAGCAAUCUUCCAAGGAUUAUGAAGCCAGCUCAUCACGUCGACCUAAAAAUAAAGAGGUUUUGAGCGAUGCGCCACCAGCUGGACGACGGGCAAAGAGAGCCCUCAAGAGAGAAGCUGCUGAUAAAGCGGCUGCUGCUAAGCACCAGCAGCACCUUCAGAGGCUGGGUCGCAAAUGAGGCUGAGUUGCAAAUGAUAUUCAUUGCUUAGAAAUCCAAGGGGUAUGUAAUCAUUUCAGGCUUUUAUGUGCAGAUUUCAAUCCUGCUGGACUGUUUAAGAUUUAUUUAUAGCAUCCUCAGACUUUUAUGGCCCAUCAGCUGAUAUAUAAUUA